AUGCGAACUAAAGCAGUAAAUUCAUACAAAUAUAAUUCGUCAUUGACCUUAUUAAAAAAAUAUCUGAGUAUAGCGCUGUUAUUUAUUGUACCACUUUUAUGGUUAUCAUUAGUUGUAUUCUCUUUACGUGGAGCAAUAAUUUAUGAUGGAGGGAUUUUAAUUCCUAGUCAACCUGGUAUUCUGCUAGGCAUAAACACUACCAUUAGAUAUAUUAUUGCAUCUAUAAUCACUUUAACCGUAGCUUAUGUGGUAGAAUCCAGUUUAAGACAUUAUAAAAGUAAUAGUAUCCAGUUAAAUGGACUUGAGUUAUCGAGUCUUAUCAAAUUAGGAAUUGAAAGAAGUUUUUUAGGAGUUAUAGCUUCAUCUCGGUAUAGACCCAAAGGGCUUAAUAUGGUAUGGUUCUGGUUAAUUGUUGUUGUAAUUGUACCAUAUAUAUUAGCAACUGCGGACAUUGCAUUACAUUAUUGGGUCACAGCAGAAGUUAUAUUACAGGAAGGUCAGCAUAAAAUUUUAAAUAAUGAAAUUCAAAUAAAUCCAAAUUGUGCAAAUACUGGAAAUAGUUCAGAAAUUGAAUAUCUAUUAAAUACUUGUACUCAUUGGGCAUCUGCUACAGGAGGUGGAUUAAAAUUACCAGGUUACAUAAAUGAUUUUAAGAAUAAUAUAACCACAAACAUUAUGGGUUACGAUAUGGAUGAGGGAUUAGUCAUCAUGUCACGAUUGAAUGAUACAAUAUGGAAUGGUAACUUUAAAUCAUAUACGAUUCAAGCUAAUUGUACCCCUGUUUCGACGUUAUGCAAUUUAAAAGCUGACUCCAAUGCACAAACUAGUAUUAAGUGCCCUAGCAGCCUGUAUAAUGUGAAUGGUAGCAUACAACUUAAUCCUAAUAACGUAAUAAAUCGUACAUAUGUUAUCAUUCCACUUUGGGAAGAUGCUAGUCUUGGAAGUGUUUAUAUUCCCGCUAGCUCGGGCCAACUAGGAAAAUUAGAAUGGUUAAUAAGUGGGCAGUUCUCCAGCAAUCCUUCAACGAAUUAUGAUAAAGAGUUUGUAACUGAAUCACAUGGCUCUCAAGCUAUAUUUACAUACUGUAUCACUAAAAUAAUGGCGAGUACAGUGUAUUUCUCUAAAAGUAAAUGGAAUGUAAGAUUUGACGAACCUUUAGAUGCUAAUACAACUCGUGCCGUGAGCGCUGAGCGCCAAUUAAAACUAGGAAUAGGUGGUAUGUUAGCAAGUGUUGCAGUAGGUAACGUUGAGCAAAACCUUGGUGAAGUAUCUGUUGCUGAUAACAUCACAGUAACUCGAAUCGGAAUAAUGGCAUUAAUUCUGUACGGAAUAGCGCUAGUGAUCAUUCCAAUGACAAUAGCUGGAUGGAUAUUAUUGAAUGUUGGAAAAUAUACAGAAGGAUUUGAUUCGAAUGGUCAUCUAGUUGUUGUACAAACUGUGCUUGCUGAAAUGAUAACUGGUACUGAUAAGAUAGUCUAUGAUGCUAUAAGAACUCCUUCCUGUAGAGCAUGCUUUAAAAAUAUUGAAUUUCAGCAGCAAUUGCUCGGCCAAAAUCAAGCUGGAAUAGGGUAUAGGAAUGGUAAUUUUGGCCUUUUUAAUGGUAUUUUUUCAUCAACUGAUGGUGUUGUAAAUACUGGAAUGCCUACUUCUACCUAA